GAGCCGGUUGAAGCCUCUGUGUUACACUGCGGCGGCGAGGAGGAGGAGGAGAGGAGAGGAGAGGGGAUGGUGAAGAGCAGCCGGCGGUCUCCGCUACGCUCCUACGGCCAGAGAGACGGCAGAGCACUGCAGUGAGAGCCCGGAGACACAGACGGAGACACAGACACAGACACAGACACAGACACAGACACGGACACAGAGGGACGGCGCCGCUUCCAGCCAUUCUGCUACCAGAAUCCAGCCAUGAAACAGGGGCUCGCUGAUAUCAUGAGACUGAGCAGAAAGUGCCGCAUGCUGCUCGCCACUUGCCUGGGAUCGCUCAUACUCGUCAUCUUUUAUUUCCAAAGUAUGUUACAUCCAGUGAUGCGCCGGGCGCCGUUUGGGAUGGACAUCUGCUGUAGGAAAGGAUCACGGAGCCCCCUGCAGGAACUCUACAAUCCGACCCAGUAUGAAUUCUCCAGCACGGAAGUGGCGCAUCAGAUACGGAGGAACCAGGUGGCGCAGAUGUGUCGGGCGAACAGCGCCAGGAGUCGAAAGCGGCGAGUGCUGACCCCCAACGAUCUGAGGCACCUGGUGGUGGACGAGGACCACGAGCUGAUCUACUGCUACGUGCCCAAGGUGGCCUGCACGAACUGGAAGAGGGUGAUGAUGGUGCUGACUGGGCAGGGCCGGUACGGGGAUCCCAUGGAGAUUCCAGCCAACGAGGCCCACGUGCCGUCCAACCUGAAAACCCUCAACCAGUACAGCAUCUCAGAGAUCAACCACCGCUUAAAAAGCUACCUGAAGUUCAUGUUCGUGCGCGAACCCUUCGAGCGGCUGGUGUCGGCCUACAGGAACAAGUUCACCCGCAGGUACAACACCUCCUUCCACAAGCGCUACGGCACCAAGAUCGUGCGGCGGCAGCGGAAGAACGCCACCCGGGAGGCCCUGCGCGGCGGCGGCGACGUGAAGUUCGAGGAGUUUGUGGGCUACCUCGUCAACCCCCACACGCAGAGGGAGGAGCCCUUCAACGAACACUGGGAGACCGUCUCCUCCCUGUGCCACCCCUGCCACAUCCACUACGACCUGAUCGGCAAAUACGAGAGCCUGCAGGAGGACGCAAACUAUAUCCUGCGCUUGGCCGGAGUGGACAAGUUGGUCAAGUUCCCCACCUACGCCAAGUCCACCAGAACUACGGAUGAAAUGACGGCACAGUUUUUCCAAAACAUCAGCUCGGCUUUCCAAACUCAGCUGUUCAAUCUCUACAAAUUAGAUUUUGUCAUGUUCAAUUAUUCCGUGCCAAAUUACCUGAAGUUGGCAUGAGAAAUGGCCGCUGGUUUAUUUAAGGUUUUAUUUGUUAUUAUAAUGGCAUAGAAAGAUUUUCUUCUGUAAAUUUAAUGAAGAUUUGCAUCCUUGCUGCGAGCAGUAAGGGUCGGAAUUAUUUAAGUAACUUUGUAAGAAAUUAUCUCUCUCUCUCUUUCUCUAUCUCUCUCUCUUUCUCUCUCUCUCUUUAUAUAUAUAUAUAUAU